GAGCCGGGCGCGCGGGCCCGCGGCCGCAGUUCCCGGGGCGUCUGCAGGCGCGAGCACGUCGUGACCCCGCGGUGCGCCGGGGCGGGGGGGCGGGGCGGGGGCGCGGUCUCGCCUGCACAAAUAGGGCUGGAGGGGCGGGGCGACCAAAAUUUCGCGCCAAGGUGGCUGACCUAGCGGGGUUCGGGGUCCAGCGCUAGCUCGAAAGUGUUUCCUGAAGCUGUCAUGGUUCGUCUGCUAAACUGCAUCGUCGCUGUGUCCCAGAACAUGGGCAUCGGCAAGGACGGGAACCUGCCCUGGCCUCCACUCAGAAAUGAAUUCAGGUAUUUCCAAAGAAUGACUACAGUCUCUUCAAUAGAAGGUAAACAGAAUUUGGUGAUUAUGGGUAGGAAGACCUGGUUCUCCAUUCCAGAGAAGAAUCGACCUUUAAAGGACAGAAUUAAUAUAGUUCUCAGUAGAGAACUCAAGGAACCUCCAAAGGGAGCUCAUUUUCUUGCCAAAAGUCUGGAUGAUGCCUUAGAACUUAUUGAAGAUCCAGAAUUAACAAAUAAAGUAGACAUGGUUUGGAUAGUGGGAGGCAGUUCUGUUUAUAAGGAAGCCAUGAACAAGCCAGGCCAUCUUAGACUAUUUGUGACAAGGAUCAUGCAAGAAUUUGAAAGUGAUACGUUUUUCCCAGAAAUUGAUUUUGAAAAAUAUAAACUUCUUCCAGAAUACCCAGGUGUUCCUUUGGAUGUCCAGGAGGAAAAAGGCAUUAAGUACAAAUUUGAAGUAUAUGAAAAGAACAAUUAAUGUGACAAUGUUUUCCUGUCUAUUUCAAGCCUUUCUCCCCUCCCAAAAAAACUAUAUUUUUUGUUGUAGAGACUUUGUUCACUUUAGAUUACUUCUAAUCAAUGUACUUUUAUUCCCUAUUAACCUUUUUUUAUUAAUUAUUAUUGGAGUAUACUUGCUUUACAAUGUUGUUAGAGCAAAGUGAAAAAGCUAUACAUAUAUC